CUAGGCUACAAUUUAUUUGCAUGCAUUAGCCACUGUUCAUGCUGACAUGCUCCCUUUAUAACAGAAUGUUCACUCAUCGUUGUUUAAUUGUAGCCUACCGUUCGUAAUUGACGUUGCUCUUCUACUUCAUCUAGGGCGGUGUGUCGUUCACGCGCACCGGAUGAACUCGAGAGGCUGAACGGGAAACGAUUUCUCCGUUUCUAUUAUUAUCCUACACUCCCGCAACCAAAGAUUGUAAACAACACUUAUAGUGUAAGUAGUUGUUUAUAUUAGAAUAUAUUCAUUAAGUAUUACACAUGCUAUCACACGUUUAUGUGUAGGUUUGGGGAGCAGAAAGUGUGUCGUUCAAUCGAGAUCAGUAGCCAUCUACUUCAUUUCAGUUGCGCAACAACGGUUGUUGUUACAAUCUAACCAUAGUCGGGACUUUUUGAAUAUGGCUGAACCAAGCGGCAAACGAUUGAAGACCAACCUGCCUAACUGUAAAACUCACCGAGCAUUUCUCGGGAGCAGGGUGAAACAGAAUCUCCCAGCGGUCGUUGAGGAGAGUUUGUGCGGAGUAUCGACAUUGCUUAUGGAGGUCGCUUACAGACUUGAUGCACUGGCCAAGAUAUUUGAGCAGGAUGACAUUGCCUUGCCAAGAGUGGCAGCGUUCUUCCAUGAGCACUCUGUGAAUGAGCAGGCACAGGCUGAGGCCAUGCUGGACUACCUGUCAGACAGAGGGGGACAGUACUGCAGUAAAGACAUCCAGAGGCCAGGCUGUGAGGAGGUGUGUGCAGUUAUCCCAGCCCUGGAGCUGAUUCUAGGCCAGUGGAAGGAGGAGAUGGCCGUGAUGGUGGAGCUCAGCCAGUUGUCCAAGGAGCACAGUGACCCGCACUCCGCCAGUGUUGUGAAGAGCCGCUUUCUGGGGCCGCUGGUGCCCCGCGUCAAACUGCUGGGAGACCUCCUGACCAACGCACGUAGGGUGGGCUGCACCAGUGACCGCUCGGGGGGCUUCGGGGAGUACCUCAUCGACCAGCUGCAGGAGGAGUUGACCAACGUCUCCAGUGGAUAAAUCACUCACUCACUAGUUUCUAUUAAAGAAAACUACUUUGUGAGUUACUCUCAAAACAAGCCUCUCCUGUCCUGUCAGUGUUUUAUGGCCACCUAUAUUGUGUUAUUGCUAAUCAGUAAGGCCAAUGUAUUGUAGAAGACACUCCCUAGUCCUACACAACUUUCUAGCUUUUUUAACUGAAAAAACAAGGGGCAUAGUUUGAGGGGGUUACAACUAGCUUUAUUCUGAACCAAGCUGUAGCACUUCUUCAUCAUUAUUAAAUUUGCAUUUCUGCACAAUUUUUUGUGGUGUUUGGUGGGACAAAUUGAUGGGAUGUUUUUAUAUGUUCGAGAGGGGGCAUGGUCUUGAAUCUAGAAUUUUAGGUUCUAGAGACUAUCAAAAAGAAUGAAUACAUGUAUUAUGCACUAGAUCUGGGCAUUUAAAAGGGCACAGCCUCAUUGUAUCAUGUAUGUAGUCCAUAAGCAAAGUUGAUCCUUGUUGUCAUAAAUGUGGUGUUGGAUGAAUUGAGAGAACAAUGUGACAAUCAAAGUUGAAGGCAAAGCACUUGGAAUACUGUUAAUAUCUGGACUGACACACCGCGCAAUGUUAUAUGGCUUAUAAUGUGAAGUAUUUCUGUAUUCACUAUUUUACAAAGAGGUCACUCUUUCAUAUGAAAUUAUGGGUUGAUGUAUAAUGGGAUAUUGUUUGGGAUUGGUCUCAUCUGUACACUUUAUGUUUCCACAAAACCUAUUGCCUUUACCUACUAUUCUGCUGAAAUAUACACUGUCCCUCUUCAUCACAUACAGUACAAUGUUACAGCAAUGUGUACCUUUUGAAAUAAAGUUUUAGAAAAA